AUGCGCCACAUCAAGGGCGACGCCCACACGACGAUUAUCUCCACGGCCGCCCGCACAACCUUGAUGCAGACCUUCGUGAACCGGACCAACGAGUCAUUGGAUGAGAUCCGAUAUGCCUUUCCGCUGUUCGAUGGCGUCAGCGUUGUCGAGUUCUUCUGCCAGAUCGGCGAGCGUACUAUCUACGGCCUAGUCAAGGAGAAGAACGAAGCCAAGAAGACCUACGAAAAGGCCAAGGAGAGAGGCGAGGCCGCAGCGCUGCUUGAACAACUAGAUGAGGCGGCGGAUGUCUUCUCAACUGCUAUCAGCAACAUUCCAGGAGGCGCAUCUGUGUAUGUGUCCAUCAAAUACAUCCAAGAGCUCAAGCACGAUGCCGAAGUCGAUGGAAUUCGUCUUACCAUACCUGCUUCCAUCUCGCCCCGUUAUGGAUCCUAUCCCGGAAAGCUCCAAGAGACAUCAGCCGAGAUUGAUUCGAAGGGCAUCUCCAUUACCGUGGAUGUCAAGAUGGCAGACGGUAUUCCUAUCAAGAAGGUCAUCUCGCCAUCACAUCCCAUCGAAGUGACGCUUGGGUCGCUCUCAACAAGUACCAUCGAUGAGGACGCCUUGCUCUCGCAAGGUUCAGCCACGCUUUCCCUAGGUACCACAGGCCUAGACAAGGACUUCGUGUUACAGGUGGUUGCAAAAGACGUCGGCGUACCUCAGGCGAUCCUAGAGACACACCCGACGCUCCCCAACCAGCGAGCAUUGAUGACCACGCUAGUACCAAAGUUCAAUCUCAAGUCGCAAAAGCCCGAGAUCAUCUUCAUCGCGGAUCGAUCGGGUAGCAUGGGUGAUCAGAUCCCCACGCUGGUGUCGGCACUCAAAGUCUUCCUGAAGUCGAUCCCUAUCGGCUGCAUGUUCAACAUCUGCUCAUUCGGCAGCAGCCACUCGUUUCUUUGGAAACAGAGUCAGUUGUAUGGCCAAGAUACACUGGAGGAGGCUAUUCGACAUGUAGAAGCGUUCGGGGCCGAUUUUGGCGGGACUGAGACACUCUAUGCGGUCAAGGCCUGUUUCGAAGCUCGUAACAACGAACUUCCUACCGAGCUCAUGCUACUUACCGAUGGCGACAUCUGGGCUCAAGACCAGCUGUUCGAUUACAUCUCCAAGAACACGAAGAAUGGCAACGUCCGUGUCUUCCCCAUAGGCAUAGGCGGAGGUGUGUCUAGUGCGCUCAUUGAAGGCGUCGCGAGGGCCGGAAGAGGCUUCGCUCAGAUGGUCGCAAAUAACGAAAAGCUCGACAGCAAGAUUGUUCGCAUGCUGAAGGGUGCACUCACCCCUCAUAUCCAGGAUUACCGUCUCGAAGUCAAAUACGAAGAUGACAGCGUGGAGUCUGUUGCCGACAGCAUUCGUAUCAACCUCAAGCUUGAUAACGACAGCAGCGAUGCAAAGCAAACAAGAGCCCCGGACGCCGACGCGAAGCCCAUCUCACUCUACAAUCCCGAUCUAGAAGAGCAGCAUCCCAAGGACGGCGAGUCAAAGGACAUCUUCGCUGGUCUACCGGAGUUAAAGCGCCCAACGCUUUUGCAGACACCCCACGAGAUACCAGCGCUCUUUCCGUUCAACCGUACCUGUGUCUAUCUCCUCAUGUCUCCAGAGUCAUCACACCUGCAACCAAAGAGUGUUGUUCUCAAGGGCACCUCACCCCAAGGCCCGUUGGAGCUAGAGAUUCCAGUAGAAGUACGCAAAGAGGCCGACGAGAUGAUUCACCAGCUUGCUGCCCGCAAAGCAACACAGGAGCUCGAAGAGGGUCAUGGAUGGCUAUCCGAGGCUACCUUUGGCGAUACUGACGUCAUGCUAAAAAAACCCGGCUCUCAUUAUCUGUUGCUUCAGAGACGAGAGGCUGUUCGUCUUGGAGUCGAGUUCCAGGUCAGCGGCAAGUACUGUUCCUUCGUAGCCGUAGAGUCUAACGAGACCGAAAUCGCCGAAAAACGCCAAAAAGCUCUGGAAUCGAUACUCAAACGGAGUGAUCUAGCGGAUGACGAUGACUGGGAGGUCCUGGAGCAUGGCCAAGCAUGCAGAUCACCGGUUACCACUUCGUAUGGUGGCGAUACACGAUUUGCCAGUGGACCUGCAUCUGCGUCGGCGAGGUCUGGAUCCUUCGCUAUGUUCCGUGGAGGCUACGGCGCCGGUCCCUUUGGCCGUACUGGCGGCGGGCGAGGCGGGCGAGGCGGCGGAGGCGGACAAGGCGGGCACUUCCAAGCCAGAAACAUGGCUGCUGGCUCUGCACUAUUUGGUAUGAAUAACGCAGUGGACGAUUCCGACUCUGACGAAGACAUGGGCUUUGGAUGUUUCGAGAAAGCCAGUGCAGCACCCAUGGCUCAUCCUGGCCAACCGUCAGCGCCGCGCACUUUAUCUUCCGCGCAAGUGUUAGAAUCAAGGGGUCGGUUUGGUUCGUCGAAACGGUCGAGUCGGUCCGCCAUGGGUCCCUCCUUCUCUCCGCCACAAAGGCAGAACGUACAGGAAGAGACUGGCACCCUCCUCCAGCGCCUCAUCGCACGGCAGUCCUUUGAAGGGUCAUGGGAAGCCAUCGACAAGCUUCCGUUCGAUGAGAUGAAGCUCGACUGUGACGCCGCUAGCUCAUCUAACGCUCAGCUCAACGAGCCAAACUCCGAGCAGCUUCUGGCUACUGCGAUCGUAGUCCUGUUUCUGGAGAAGCAGAUGCGGGACGAGGAGGAGACCUGGGAAUUGGUCGUUGAAAAGGCGCGCGCUUGGCUUGGAAGCCAAGUGGCGGAGGAGGUGCUCGCCCGGGUAUGGCAGCUGGCUGAGGGUGUUGUUGGAAAGGAUUGA